AUGGGUCUUUGUCUUGGAUCUAUAGGUUCAUCAAUUGCAUGUUGUUUUGGUAAUGCAUUUUGCUCACUUUGUUGUUCGACAUGCCCAUCGUGUAAAGGUUCAACAUCAACACGUAUUGCUUAUGGUCUUAUUCUUUUUGUUGGUCUCAUAAUGUCAUGUGUUAUGUUGAUACCUGGUCUAGAGAAAAUAUUAAGUAAAAUUCCAUCUUUAUGUCAAACUCCACAUUCAAGUAAUACACUAAUACCAACUGGUACACGAUCCUUAUCCAUUAAUUGUUUAAAAAUAGUUGGAUCUCUAGCCGUUUAUCGUCUUUCACUUGGUAUGUCAAGUUUUUUUUUCAUUUUAUCAUUAUUGAUGAUAAAAGUUAAAACAUCAAAGGAUAUUCGAGCAAAAAUUCAAAAUGGUUUUUGGGCAUUUAAGUUAUUAAUAGUUAUUGGUUUAAUUAUUGGAGCAUUUUUUAUUCCACAUAAUAGUUUUGAUUAUGCAUUUAUGAUUAUUGGACUCAUUGGAGGAUUUAUUUUUAUACUUGUUCAAUUACUUUUAUCAAUUGAUUUUGUUCAUUCAUGGAAUGAAUCUUGGGUUGAUCAGGUUGAAUCCGGUUCAAAACGACAUGGUUAUGGUUUACUUUUUUUUACUUUUCUUUUUUAUGCAUUAACAAUAGCUGGAGUUGUUCUACUUUAUAUUUAUUAUGCACCUAAUCAUUCUAUUUGUCGUUUACAUACAUUUUUUAUUUCAUUUAAUACAUGUUUAUGUAUUAUAUUAUCCAUAAUAUCAAUAUUACCAUGUGUAAGAGAAUAUAAUUCAUCAUGUGGUCUUCUUCAAUCAUCAUUUGUUUGUCUCUAUGUAUUAUAUUAUACAUGGUCUGCAAUGAGUGAUAAUCCAAAUGAAAUAUGUAAUCCAAAUAUAAAUUUAAAAUUUCAUACAAUAAAUUCAACAACAAUAAUAAAAACAACAACUCACAAUCCUAAUCCAAUACGACAACAACAUUUAUUUAAUUCAAUAACAAUUAUUGGUUUAAUUUUAUUUGUUUGUUCAAUUUUUUAUUCAAUUAUAGCAACAUCACGUAAUAAUCGUGCAAAAAAAUUAUUUUUAUCACCAUCAAUUGAUUCAACUAUAUUGGAUGAUGCACAAUUAAUUAAUUCAGUAUCUGAUAAUAAAUGGAUGUUAGGUAGCGAUGAACAUAGUCAUCAACGAGUUUAUGAUGAUGAACGUGGAUCAGUUACAUAUAAUUAUUCAUUAUUUCAUCUUAUGUUUGUACUUGCAACAUUAUAUGCAAUGAUGACAUUAACGAAUUGGUAUAAUCCAGCAAAAGAUUCUAGUACAUAUAAUAAUACUUUAGCAUCACUCUGGGUUAAAAUUACAUCAAGUUGGUUGUGUGUGCUGUUAUAUGUUUGGACAUGUAUUGUACCAGUAAUAUUUCCUGAUCGUGAUUUUUCAUGA